UGUCCUCUGGUCUCAUCCCCGUCAUCCCUCCAUUUCUUCACUUUUCUCUGUCACUCGCUCUCUCGGUGCCCCUCACAUACUGACCAGCGGGGAGAUCAGAGAGAGAUCAUGCUGUCUGUACUGGCACUGACGACCGUGGUGCUCACGGGCAUAGUCUCUCAGACCGCAGCUAUAGUUGUGUACACGAGCUGGGAGAGACAUGCUCUGGUGGGCACAGAUGUCAGACUUUCCUGCUCUUUCUUCUCCUGGCAUUGGACUUCUCCAGACGUGACCUUCUCAUGGAACUACCGUGCAGAUGGGGCUAGAGACAGCAUUGCAAUUUUCCACUACACAGGUGGAGUCCCUUAUGUGGAUAAUAAAGGCCCCUUCAAGGACCGCCUGGAGUUUGUGGGCAACCCUGCUCGCCGUGACGGUUCGAUUCUGAUCCGGAACCUGGACUUCAUUGACAAUGGAACCUUCACCUGUGAUGCCAAGAACCCACCCGACAUAGUGGGUCGCCCCUCCAGUGUUCGUCUGCUGGUGUUUGAGAAGGUUCCUGUUCAAGCUGGUGUGAUAACAGGAGCGAUUAUUGGCGUAGUGUUGGGACUGCUGAUCCUCAUUGUGGCAAUUUACUAUCUGAUGCGUUUCCUGGUGGCCAGACGAGUGUUCAGCUUGAGCAUGAGCAAACAUGGCAGGAAAGGCAAAGGAAAAGAAGGCUCACCGCAAAAACAGGCUUCGGUUCUGACAGAUCCGGCCAAGCAGAAGGUGGUGGUAUCGGAGAAGAAGAAACAAGAGUCUCGCAGGGAGAAGAAAUAGGGGUUGAGAAGCAGAGAGCUAGAGCUCCAGGGUGGGGCUGCCUCCACCCAGGCCCAAGCCCCGGAGGAGGCAGCGGGGAUGUGCAGUCAGGGCAAGGUGCUAAUGACCAUUGAGCUAGAACUCACUAAACAGGAGAGGGAGGAAACACAAACUAAAACGAGCCUCGUCCCAUUUUUCUCUCAACUAGUGCGCAAAAUCACUCUCAAAUAAGAGAGAAGGGCAUGAAAAGAGGGGUGGUGGAGAGUUUUGUAGGAGAGGAGUGACAUAUGAAUCCUCAAAGCAGGAGGACAGGAGAAGUCUUUUUCAUUUUAAUCUCGGCAUGAGUCCAUUCACAUUUACAUUUACUCAUUUGUCAAACAACUUACAGUGUGUUCAAGGUAUACAUAUUAUCACUAUGUGUGUCCCCCUGGAAUCAAACCCAAGACCUUGGUGUCGCUAGUGCCAUGUUCUACCAGUUGAGACAUAGGAACACAUUAAACGCAAAUUUUCGGAAAGGACUGCGGGCCUUAGAAUCAGGGCUGUCGUCACGAUGACGAGUCAUAAUAGUUAGUACAAGAUGGCAAAAUCAUAAGAAAUCAUGAGAGUUGGCUCGUUCAAAAAUUCCCAUAGAGAAAAAUAAAUGAACCAACGAACGAUGUUAUUACGAUGACUUACCUAAACCUAAGCAUAAAGUGUAACCCCUUACCCAUACUCUAAACCUGACGAUGAUUUUAAUAGAAAAAUACAUUUUGGGUACCACGGAAGAAAGAAAACAUUGGAGUUCAGAACUUAAUAAGGGUAGCAUAUUACAGGUUAUUGACAUACAUCGGUCAUUUGUAUUGCAUAAAUAAAAAUGGAAUGAGUAACCAAAUGUUCUCAGUGACUUGGAUAUAGGAGGCAAGCUAAAAUGUCAUACCUGUUUUGUCUCGAUUUUAAAUUCAGUUUGUUGAUUGACUGGACUCUAUGGGAAUAAAAGUCUAACCAUUUCGUACAAGUCAUGUUGUAUGAUAUGUUACGAUUUCGCAGUCUCGUAUGAAUGAUUACAAGUUGUCAUAAGACUAUGUUUGUAAAAUCUCAUCGGUACAUUGUAUAUUAUGUAUCUAUUCUGACCGGCUGUGAAGUUGUCACUUCACAAUGCAUUUCCACCCAUAGUGAGGACAGAAACAUUUCUUGCUGCUCUAAAGUUGUAGCAUCAUGCCCGGUUAGAAAAUAACACUUCAACCACAUCACAUAUUCACAACAAAACCCAAAGUUGAGACCCUUCCAUUACACACACACACACACACACACACACACACACAUCUCUCUCUCUCUUACACUCAUAUUUGUGAGAGCUGUAAUAGUGGCAGAAUGGGAAAGCUUUCUCUUGUUAAGUGACGGACUGUUCUGCCAUAUCUCUCGCUUUCACACAGCUGUGACUGCAAACACAUGCAAUCUAAUACAAGAACACAAUUUUAGGCACACAUUUUUCACACUCUGUACUAUUUCUAUAGUUGCUUUGGAAACUUUAUAUUAACUGUCUUUUUUUCUCAUUCUCUUCCCUCCCUCUGUCUCUCUAUCUCUUGUAUUUUUCUCUGUUUUACUGCAUGUCUUUGUUCUUUCAAUCCUCUAAUCUCUCUUCUUUAUAGUUGUUCUGACACUUUAAAAAAAUUUUUUAUUUUUUUAAUGUUUCACCUAUAAUUCAAUUCUGUCAUCAUCUGAUAUAAUGGUGCUAUUACAUCACUUCCUCUGCCACUGUAGGCCGGCCCCUUAAAGUAGCUCCCCUGACCCCCAGCAUGCUCAUUUAUUUGAUGCUAAAUAUAUGAUUUGUAUUUUUAGCCAUGGAAUCACACAAACACUUCAAAUAUUAUGUUAAAAAUAUUAUGUAUGCAUGUCCAUUUUUCAUCACAUCUCCAUCGAUUCUCACACACACACACACAAACAGUCCCAUUGUGUAUCCCAUCAUGCAAUUUUAAGAGCCUUUUGAAGAAUUCGGAGCUGCAGAAGUUUAUUUUGACACAGUUUAAAGCAGUUCCACGCUGACUUAAAGAGUCUAAGUGUGUGUGUAUGUGUGUGUGUGUGUGUGUGUGUGUGUGUGUUUAGUCUGACUGCAGUGACUGAAAUCCACUGAAUGACGUCGAUACUGUUGGCAGAGACACGCACAAACACACAGCGUGAGAGUUACUGAAAACUCUAAGCCAAAUUCUCACAUCUGUCUGCAUAAGCUGUUGUCUGACAAACAGCUGAUUAUUUUAACACUCACUUGUAACCGGAGAACACACUCUCUCUCUCUCUCUUCCUCUCUUCCCCCUCUGUCUCUUUAAAGGGAUAGUUUACCCAUAAAUGAAAAUGAAAAGUCUUAAUUAACUGACUCUCAUUUUGUUUCAAAUGUUUUCUUAACUUUCUUCCAUGGAACAGAAAAGUAUACAUUAGGCUGAAUGUUAAGGACUGACAGCCUCAGUCACCUUUCACUUUCAUUGUGUGGAAUAAAAGAUGCAAUGGAAGUGAAUAAGACUUUUAGUCCCUAACAUUCUUCCUUUUAUUUCAGUGUGUAAAUAAAGACAGAAUUUUUAUAUUUGAGUGAACUAUGAUCCCUUUAAAAGUCUUUCAUUUAUAGUGGCACUUUUUCUUGACGCUUUCCACACAUAUCGUUCAGAAAGGCUCAUCACUCCAUCUCGAGUUAUCUUUUCACUCUCUUAUCCUCCUCUUCUCUAACUGUCACACAGAUAACACCACCACCUCGGCUAUGAUCGGAUUAGCAUACUACCAUACUGCUUGUACUAUUUCUGCAGUAUGUAGCAUGUAUACUGUGCAUACUAAGCGAAAGCAUGGAAUACAUGGAUGACCUACAACAUAUUUGGCAAAAUGUGCAGUAUACAACAGAGCAUCUUUUUCUUGACUCAUUAUUUGAUCGUGGCGCCCAAAGUUAUAUUGUAGAAGAUAUAAUUACACAAACUUGAAUUAAAAAUGCAAAAUAAUCGUGUUUUUGCUGGAUGCCACUCCCUAAAUUAAACAUGCAACGUAAUGGGUUCUUGCGACAACAACGUAGCAUGCUAUUAUUUGAUGCAUAAAUCGCUAUUUAAAAAAAAUAGUAGGCAGUAUACAGUAUAUACUGCACAGUAAGCAGUAGGAUAGUAUCCCAUUUCGAACAUAGCCUUCUUUGCAUGCCCUGUUUAUGCUGGUAAGAAAACACCAAUGCUCUUUCCUGCCCCCUGCCACCCACAGGAGAAAAUUCGCAUUUGGCUAUUACGUCGCAAUUGUGGCGAAAAAAAAAAAAAGAUAAUCUAGCUAGCUCUCUGCUGACUACGAAAGGUGCGUGUUAUUCACGCUUUUGCAUAUGUAAGGUUUUAGUCCAAUGACAUGUCUGUAAUCCUUCAACAUGUUAGGAGAACAAAACAGGAUUAUAGCAAUAUUCGUUAUGUCAUUGUAAGUACAUUUAGUAAUGCUGUGCGGUAGCACCCUGGUACUGUUUGUGUGUUGAAUGCAGAAAUGUAAUAUAAUUUAAUGAUGUUUAAUAUUAUUUCUGCACUUUCUUUUGACUGACAUGGCAGAAUUCAUGUGGUGGUUCUGUUUGCAUGUUAAGACCACAGGAGGUUAUGCAUUAAGGACAGAAAGAUAUCGGAAAGUUUUCUGUUUUGUUUUUUGUGAAGAAAGUGGAAAAACUGGGAGAAAGACUUGGACUGAAUUCAUAUUCAUGUGAAAAGCCAAGCCAAAAUCCAAUAAACUUCUCAAUUUCACAGGAUAUGGCUUUCUUUCCAAGUCUUCAUGUCUGUGCAUGUCAGCACUGAGCCAGAGACAGGCUCUCAUCUGGAAUGCUAAGAAAAACUGUAGAAUUGCAAGGGCUUGAGGAAAAUGAUAUGAUUGUUAGCCUACACAGAUGCUUUUUAUGCAUCUCAAAGUAAAUGUCGAACAGCCACAUGGUACCUGCCAUUAAACUGUGUUUAAAUAUCGGGGAAUUCCCAUGUUGUAUGUAUUAUGCACCUGUAUUGGUGCAGGUCUGGGUAACCAUUCUCUCUUCAAAAUCCAUUUACAACUUCUAAUUAUUUGUAUUUUUACUUUUAUGUUGACUUUAACCAAUCUAACUGUGGUUUUCUGUAAAAUGUGUUGUAAAAAGAAAGUAUAUCUCAAGUUCAAAUUUUAGAAAAGCGUCAAUAAAAAUCAGAUACCUUGUG